GCAACCUAUUCUUCUUCCUUUCGAAGAAUUUCUUCCGGGCUGGUCUUACUGAUUUGUUUUGAUUUACAUAGUAAAGUGUAAGAUCUGUCAUGGGGAAUGCUUUAACUCAGAAACAGUCAACAGUCAGCGUUGAUGAGAGUGCCUCUGGAGAAGAACUUUCUGGGGCAUCUUCAAUGACGUGCUCAACAUCAAUUCUGAAACUUUUUGAGAAACUAGAGCUCACAGCCGAUGAAGGAAAUACACAUCCAGGAGAGCUCUCUCGUAAAACUUUUGAGAAUGCAUUUCAUGGCCCUCUUCACAAGUUUGGAAAACUGAUGUUUAGACAAAUGACCAACAGCCAUGUAGAACGGGACAGAAUCACACGAGAAGAGUUUGUUACAGCAGGAACAGAAAUAGUGAACAAAUUUGAUGUGACUGAUCAGAGAAAGUACUACAUAAAAUUGUUUGCAGAAGGGAAGGAUUAUCUGACAAAAGAAGAUGCGUUUCAGAUGGUGCACGUGUCCUAUGUGCUGACAGUGUCAGUGUCAAAAAUUUCUUUCAAGCAUGAUGAUCGAGAUGUUGCCCUUUUUGAAGGCAUGGUCACCAGUAUGUUUGGAAUUGAAGAUAGAAUUGGAUUCAGUCAUACAGAGCAGUGGAUGGUGACACACUGCCCCAAUAUCUUCAGUGGAGUACACAGCUGGGUCUAUAUGGUCCUUAGUGGCUCCAAUCUGCCAUCUGAAAUGGAGGCUCGCACAGCACAUGUGCCACAACUGGAAAACUUUAUUUCUGGUCAGCAUUGUUUGUCUUUGGGAAUGGCCUGGGUCCUAUCAGCUGUCCUGCCUAAUUCGUUCACCCACACAACCCCUCAGCCACAGACAUCUGGAGCUCAGAGCAAUCCCAUGCUGACCAACUUUCAGCUCUAUGUCAGCCUGGCACGAUUACCACGUGUUCAGAGCUGGGCUUUGCUGUAUAACAGUGAACGGGAUGGUCUUUCUCGAAACAGGUUUAGCCACCACAUUUUAUCCUACCAUGGCCACAACUUGACAUUUGUUGGUUUUGAAGGCAGAAACCUGUAUUGUCUAGCCUUGGAUUGUGGGUGGAAGGAGAGUUUACAGAAGAUUGGUGGGCCAGAUUGUCGUUUGAUUCAGCUUCUCCCUGUUUACAGAGUAAUUCAAGCUGGGUCUAAGAUGGUAUUAUGGAACAUGUCAUCUCGUAACUUGCCAAAGGGGAUUCAGGUUGGCCAGGAUGGCAAGCCUCUUGUUCUUAAAAUCAACGAUGAAUUUGAAAGCGUCAGUCACUAUGGCGUGCCAUGCGUGUUUCACAGGAUGGAGGUCUGGGGGUGUGGAGGGGAGGAUGUAAAACGUGCACAGGUCAAGCAGAAACAGUGGGAAGCACAAGAAGUGGAGAAACAUAAAUCACAAAAGCUGCGGCUUGAAGGAGACUGGCGAGAAAACCCAGACAAACAGAUAUUGGAAUGGGGAGGUGUACGAACAGGCAGUUCCUAUUCCGAAAAACGAUAGCAAAAUAUGAACCAAAGGACUAUGCUUUUAUCAAGAAACUUUUUAAACCAAUGCAUUUACUGUAUGACAAGAGAGAAGACACCAUGUCUAUAUGCUGAUAAUUAUUGCUAAGGAAGAAAAUUGCAUUGAAACUUUUUUUAAAUUUUUUUAUGUGACGUCUUCACAUGGUGAAUAUGUGAGACGGGAUAUAGUUUGGGUUUUUUUUAAGUUCUGUACUAUCUUUGCAUAUUACUCAGAGAAUUGAAGUAUGUGUGGGUGAUGCUGAAAGAUUUAGUAUGUUUAAUUCAUUUUGUGCAAACGUGUAUGGUAACAAGUCAUGUUAAAAUACAUGCACAUUCCCAGUAUGUCAAUUAUUGAAAUCUUGAAUUAUGCAGAUGGAUGUUGCAGCUUUUGUGUGUGUGUGAUUGAGAGAGUGAAAUCAAGAGAAAGAGCACCUUGGAGGUAUGCUCAUAAGUCUUCCACUGAGAAAACAAAGAGAUGUAUAUGCACAUAUAUUUUGGGGAUGGAGAUUGUCUUGAUACUUGCUUGUGGAAGGGGAAUGAGCUGGUAAGAUAUAUGUCCUUUAAGCCAUCUUUUAAACACAUUUAAUUUGCAGAGUUGGUAUUGCAAUGGUUUAUAUUUUGCCGAGGAGUAGAUGGUGAGUUUCCUGUGUACCCAUGUAUCUGGGUGAAGAGAGGGGAGAAGAAAAACUCGGAAAAUGAGAAACAUUUUUCUUUACAUCCAGCAUCUUUUUCCAUGUCUAAUAUUCAAAGUUGGUCAGCAUUUCGAAUUUGUAAAUCUCAUAUGGCACAUACUAUAUUCAUGCAUAAUUUGUAAAUAACAUUAAAUGAGCAGAUUUCC